AUGAAGUGUAUAGAGCGUCCAAGCAACUGCGAUAGCUGUGACAAGAACAAGUGUGGCUCAUGUAACAAAGGCUUUUAUCACUUAGGUGGCAUAUGUGUGAGUGAGUGUGGAGCUGGUUUCUUCAGGGAUGACAUCUCCAGAGAAUGUGAAGCAUGCCACAGGAGCUGUGCAAUGUGUGUUGGGUACAGCUAUGAGAACUGCACUGGAUGCAAGAAUAAUUUCCAGUUAUCUUGUGGUCAGUGCCUGAAUCCAAGAAAUGUUCCACCCAAUGGGAAGUUCUGGAGUGCAAAAAAACAGUUACAGUCCUGUGAUCCUUCAUGUAGGACCUGUGACAAAGAUGCUAACGUGUGCACUUCAUGUCCAGAAGGGGAUAUUUUAACGAUUCUGGGACUUGCAAGGAAUGCAGUGGAUCCUGUAAGACAUGCAUGAGAAGUGCCACCAAAUGCC